CAUUCAGCUCGGACUCUGCAAAUCGAAAGAAGGCGGUUUCGACAUURGUACAAGUCUGUGGUCUUCCCACAGCUUUUGUCCAGCUCUUUUACCUUCCCCUCAGCUUAGUUUUACUCUUUUGGUAGCAUUAAGGAAAAAUGGGGGAGAAUAGAGCCGAAAAUGAAGCAUUUGUGAGCUUAGUGACGAAUAACAGCUACGCCAAUGGAGCACUUGUUCUGGGCUACUCUCUUCGUCGCGUAAAUACAACUAGAAAACUAGCUCUUCUUGUCACGAAUCAAGUCACCGAUCCCAUGAGAGAGCAGCUGAGUAGAGUAUGGGAUCACUUGGUUACAGUGGACCCUCUUGAUAGUAGAGAUGACGCCAACUUAGCUCUUUUAACCCGACCAGAACUAGGAAUCACCUUCACAAAGAUCCGUUGCUGGAAUCUAACGCAGUAUUCCAAGUGUGUCUUCCUUGAUGCCGAUAUGCUUGUCCUACAGAAUUGCGAUGAACUCUUUGAUCGACAAGAACUGUCAGCUGUUACAGACAUUGGAUGGCCAGAUUGUUUUAACUCAGGAAUGUUUGUGUUUGAACCGUCUAGAGCAACAUAUGAAGCACUGCUGCAACAUGCUAUAGACCAUGGUAGCUUUGAUGGUGGGGACCAAGGAUUAUUAAACUCAUUCUUUAGCAACUGGGCAACAAGUGACAUUUCAACUCAUUUAUCCUUUAUUUACAACAUGAGCUCCAAUGCCAGCUACACAUAUACACCAGCUUUCAGACAAUUUGGACGGGAUGUAAAGAUAGUUCAUUUCAUUGGCCCUGUUAAACCUUGGCAGUGCAACUACUCCAGCGAGACGGGUACAGUAUACAUGCCAGACACUGCAGGGGGGUUACCUCAUGAGAACACAUACCUUCAGUUAUGGUGGGACAUCUACGUGACGUAUGUGUUGCCAGGAAUGAGGCAAUGCAGUGACGAGCUUCCACAUGAGCACCCCACCAACCAUUCAAAUCUUGAGCCAGACUCUUCCAGUCCUGACCAAGAAAUCAACCACUCCACACCAUACAUACCAGAACCUAACCAGUUUCAUUGGACACCUGAGCCCGUCCAACCUAACACUGAGUACUCAGAACCCACCCAAGAUAACCACCAUCCAGUAUCUCCUCAUACUGACAACCCGGACCAAGGUCCAAUCCCUGAGGAACCUUCGCGAACGGAAGAACAAGAACCUGAGAUUUCUGAGGAAGCAAAUUAUGAUUCGUACUACUUUUCUGAUGACAAUAUAGACAUUCACCAAGUCACUGACGAAAUUGCACUGCUACAUCUUCAGCAUGAUUCAAACCUGCCGGUCAUUGUGGAAGCUGAUCAGCGCACUGCUUGGGAGAAUGGUGCUCCAGAUUACACUGGUCGUGACAGGUUUUCUAAUAUUCAAGAACGGCUGGACUCAGCAGUCGAAGGACAAGAAUAUCGUGCCAUCCAAGAUGUUCCAACAUUGAUCUAAGAAGGAGGCCUUGAAUUAUUAUAGAAUAAUGUGUAGUUCCAGAAAUUGUUCAUACCUACCCCACAGAGGAAUUUGGAAUUUCCAAAGGGUAGGGGGGUCAGAGAAAGAACAAAAAUAAGCCUGAAGCGAGAUGAUGUUUUACCCCCGUCUCUA